UGCAACAGCUGAUGUUUUGGACAAGACCAACAGAUACACAAACCUCGGUGGGACGGGUGGGACUUCAAGAGCCGCAAAUCCCCAAUUCCACAGCCGUCUCAAUGUCUACUCGCUCAGUCCAUAUCAUCGAAAGAGGACGCCUGGAGGCGGAGGAGAUCUCGACCCUAUAACUGACCUACCCCAUACCACCCAGCCCAGCCGCCACGGACCGACUCUAGGCCUAGUUCCUGAUCAUGGAUUCUGAAAAUUAGGUUCAUCAGUCGGUCAUUAAGUGACUCACUUUGUUUCCGCCUUGAACUUGGCCCAAUUGGUAGCCACCCUCUCGUCCAAGUCCAUGGAUCCCGCAUCCUCGGAGGCCAUUUCGGCCGAACUCCAAGCGGUCAGCUCCAAACGCGCCUUUAUGAAGGACAAACUCAAGAAACGCCGUGAAUUCAUGGGAUCCAUUCUCUCACAAAGCCAAACCCUCCUGCCGCCCGAUCUGGCGGCCAUCGCUCAGAAAUCCAAAGCUCCCACGGCUGGGCCCAGUCUCUCCACCGCCGUCCCGGAACUGUCGGGCGGGGGCGGGGCCGUCAGCCACCCUCUGACCGUGGUCACGCCCAACAGCCUGGCCCCAUCCUCGCCCUCAACGAUGGUGCCGGUGCCCGCGGAAAGUGGCGAAACCGAGAGCAAACGGGCUCGAGCCUCGGGGGAAGCCCAAGACGAUAUUCUCAGUUUGCUGUCCACCCAAUCGGCCAAAGAGAAGCAAGACCAAGAGCAACGUGAUGAGAUCCUCAGUUUGCUGAGCCAACCCACGGCCAAGGAGCGCACUCUCAUGGACGCCUUUCGCUCGCAAAGUGGCGGGGGCGUCCGCGAGUUCUGCACCCACUCCACCAAGAGCGAAUGCAUGCGGGUCCACCAGAAUCGCAAACCCUGCGAGAAGCUCCACUUUGCCAAGAUUCUCCAGGCCCACACGGAUGAAUCCUUGGGCGAUUGUUCCUUCCUGAACACAUGUUUUCACAUGGAUACCUGCAAGUACAUUCACUAUGAGGUUGACGCCGAUGACCUCCGCUCGUCAGUCAGUGAGCGCGACGCGGCGGCCACGGUAACCGCCGGAAUGGAUGGCGAGAGGGCGGUGGGCAGCUCGGAACGGGCUACUACUGCCGUGACCACGGGUUCACGCCAUCUCCUCGAGACCUUGAGACUGGUCCCGCCCCAGUGGGUGCAAUGUGAUCUUCGGAGCCUCGACUUGAGCGUUUUAGGCAAGUUUUCCGUGGUGAUGGCCGACCCACCUUGGGAUAUUCACAUGGAGUUACCGUACGGCACCAUGUCGGACGAUGAGAUGCGACAUUUGCCCGUGCCCAGCUUACAAGACGAAGGCCUUAUAUUCCUGUGGGUCACCGGUCGAGCCAUGGAAUUGGGUCGUGAGUGUCUCAAGCUUUGGGGCUAUGAGCGGGUCGACGAAUUGAUCUGGGUCAAGACCAAUCAGUUGCAGCGCAUCAUCCGCACCGGUCGAACCGGCCAUUGGCUCAAUCACGGCAAGGAGCAUUGCCUCGUGGGCAUGAAAGGCGAUCUCAAACUCAAUCGGGGCCUGGAUUGCGACGUGAUCGUUGCCGAAGUACGCGCCACCUCGCACAAACCGGAUGAGAUAUACGGUAUCAUCGAGCGAUUAUCGCCCGGCACGCGCAAGAUCGAACUUUUUGGCCGUCCUCACAACGUUCAGCCCAAUUGGUUCACGUUGGGCAAUCAAUUGGACGGGGUCGUGAUCCACGACGAUGAAGUAUUAACGCGCUGGCGGAGCGCAUACCCCAAUGGCUAUGAACUAACCAAAGGCUUUGUGCUCCAUGCACGACCUGAACCUUGAACGCAGCUUUUAGUUAGCCUUGGUUGCAUCUUCUGCCUAUUGGCUUACACAAAUACAUACAGGUUUCAUAGCCACAA